UUCAUCUCCUGUUUGGGGUCGGAGGUCACGUCGUGUUCACCCCGGCGUGACCCCAGACUUGGCCUCAUUUUCGGAGGUAAACACGUCUCCGUCCGUGUCACCGUUCUCGUAUAAAAGUCGUGUCGUCGGAGCGGUGUGGCAGAUUUUUCCGGCCGUGUUCAGUGGAGGGCCGGAGCGAUGGUGCGAGGGACCACGCUGCUGCUCAUCGGCGCCUCGUGCUGGCUGCUGGGGGCACUGCGCUGCGAGGACGCCAUGGAGGAGCGAUCGGCCGCAGACGACGCACUCAAGGCACGAGAGGAGACGCAACUGAUCGAGGCUCUACAGGAAGUUCUGGAGAAGUUAAAAAGCAAACAGCUGCCGUCCACAGAGAAGAAACUGGGCUGGGUUCCCACGUGUGAAGCGGGGGAGCUGUGUGCGGUGCGUAAAGGCGCUCGUAUCGGUAAACUAUGUGGUUGUCCUGUUGGAACUCACUGUAACUUCAGCGUCCUCAAGUGUCUGUAG